UCCCGGGCUGCCUGACCAUCUUGCCUGAAACUACUGGCCAAUUAGAAUUUUAAAUGUUUUGGCUGGAAAGGCCAAUAUAUCUAUGAGGAAACACUUCUGGAAUUUACUGAAAAUAAUCGGAAGGACAGAGCCCCUUUGACCACUGUUUUGUUAGAUAGGAGUUUAUUACUUUAUAGUCAAUCUGAUUCGAAGAAUAAAGCUCCCUGUAAUAAUUAGGAGUAAAAGAGAUGUCGCUUUACUGUCAUUUUUAAACCUGUUUUUAGGCGGCCCUGUGGUGGUUUGAUGGUAAAGCCCGGCUCCUCACGUGUGGUCUCUGUGGAAGUUGGAGCUGCUGGAGUUUGUCAGCAGUCGGCAGUCAAACUUUAAUUUGGGUUGUUUUUAAACUUAUUUUAAUUCCAGACAUGGCCGAAGAUGAUGGAUUAAUGUUAAAUGUUAUCAAUCACCCCGGAGCCCCAUUUCUCAGUCGAAGAAAGAAGGUUUAUCAGCACAAGGGCUCGACAGAGGCGGAAAGUCGGAGACAGACACAGCCCAUUGGUGGGAAACGUCAGACACAGCAGAACUCUAGAAGUGACUGUUCUUCUCCUAAUAGUCCAAAUCAAAAAUUUUCAGUUACAAAAAGAAAAUACACGAGCAUUGUGAAACUAUCUCAGUGUGAGCAGUUACCCAACCUGGCUCCAAAGAGGAGAAAGAUUAAAGAAAGUCCAGUGGAUAAAGCGGAGAUAAAAGGAACGGCUCCUGUGAAAACCUCCUCUUUGUUUAGGAACAACCCUGACAUACCAGAGAUACCCAGACAGACAGUAAAAACUUUGAAGGAAAAGGUUUUUACAACUAACUCUUUCAAUGAGCUUAAUCUCCAUCCACACCUGGUCUCUACACUCAGCAAUGUCCUCAAGGUCUCAUACAUGACCAGCGUUCAGAAGCAAACAAUUCCAGUUUUACUUGAUGGAAAGAAUGCUCUGGUACAAUCUCAAACUGGCUCAGGCAAAACAUUAGCAUAUGGUGUCCCUCUGGUCCAGUCUUUGCAGUCUGUUCAACCAAAAAUCCAGCGCAGCGAUGGACCAUAUGCUGUAGUCAUCAUUCCAACCAGAGAGCUGGCCCUGCAAAGCUUUGAUACCAUUCAGAAAUUAGUCAAGCCAUUUACAUGGAUCGUACCAGGAGUGCUGAUGGGAGGAGAGAAACGAAAAUCUGAGAAAGCUAGGUUACGUAAAGGUAUAAAUAUACUACUAUCAACUCCAGGGCGCCUAGUGGAUCAUAUAAAGAACACAAAAAAUAUUUGUUUUACUCGUGUACAGUGGCUUAUUAUUGAUGAAGCUGACAGGUUGCUGGACCUGGGUUUUGAGAAAGAUAUCACUGUGAUAUUGAAUGCUCUAAAUGCAGCACACCAGAAAAGGCAAAAUGUUCUCCUCUCUGCCACCCUAACAGAUGGAGUGAAUCGUUUAGCUGGGAUCAGUUUAAAAGAACCAACCAAUAUAUAUAUCACAGAAACACGGCAGUCCAAACCUGUAUUUGCGACAAAAGGAAUGAAGACCAAGCAAGAGAAUACUGAGGAAGAUUUGGGAUGCUUUUCAAUUCCAGAGCAACUUCAACAGUUUAUAGUAAUGGUUCCCAGCAAACUGCGACUAGUUACGCUUUCAGCAUUUGUCCUCCAAAAAUGCAAAAUGGAAGAGAAACAGAAAAUGAUCAUAUUUUUCUCUAGUUGUGAGUCCGUGGAAUUUCACUACACCCUUUUCACAAAUGUCCUUACUCCAUAUUCUGACAACAAGGAGCUAAAACAUUUACCUUUCUCAGCUUGUAAGAUGCUGUUUCUGCGAUUGCAUGGGAACAUGGAGCAGGAGGAGCGGAAGCAAGUUUUUCUGGAAUUCUCACAUUCGAAAAUGGGUGUCCUUCUCUGCACAGACGUAGCAGCACGUGGGCUGGAUCUGCCAGAAGUCACGUGGAUUGUUCAGUACUGUGCUCCGACCUUGCCUGCAGAAUAUGUUCACAGAGUAGGACGGACAGCCCGAAUUGGGUCCUGUGGAAACAGUCUUCUUUUCCUCACUCCCUCUGAAGCAGAAUAUGCAAAGGUGCUUGCAUCUCACCAAAUCAGUGUCUCUGAAAUGAAAAUGGAGGCCAUCCUAUCAACCCUUUUAAUGGAGCGCUUUAGAAGAAAACAAUCUGGACAAAAGUUGGAUGCCAUUAUCUUGCAAGGAGUAAGAGAAUCAGCAACCAUCUUGCAAAAAGCGUAUGAGAACUAUGUCCAUUCAACCAAAGAAACCCUUCUGCAAGCCAAGAAAGCUUUGCAGUCAUUCAUUCGAGCAUAUGCCAUAUAUCCAACAAACCUAAAGCGUUUCUUCCAUGUGAAGACACUUCACCUCGGACACACUGCAAAGAGUUUUGGACUCCGAGAUGCCCCACAGAAUCUCAGCAGCACAAUACAGGCCAGUCAACCCAAGAAGAGUUUAAGGCCGGGGGUAAAAAGGUCUGGCUUAGAUGGACAUUUGUUCGUUAAGAGCAAAGUGGCUUCAUUGCUGCUGUCUGAAUAUUCAAAUGGAUUUGGAGAAAAUUUUUAUAAGGUAAAGAAGAAGCGAAAACCUCUAAAAAACCGCAGACCACAGUCAGAAAACAUCUGAAGCAACGGCAAACAUCUGGGGGCAUGUUGUCAGGCGUGAUGCUGUUAACCCAGGUCAAGUGACGUCAAAAUGAAGUGAACAGCCCUGAGCUGAGUCCAGCAAAUUCCUGAAUCAUCACUCUUAUCUAAGUCCUGAACUGCUGUUUGUGUCUUUUCGAAUUGUGCUUAUAAAAGAGAGAAAAUUUACUUGUAACUUAUUAAAUGGAGAUGAAAAAAUGGAUUUGAAUUAAUUUCACAGAAAGCGCUUUGUACCACUUAAAGCAAAUACGUCCUCCAGUCACCUCCCAUAUCAGAUACAAACCCAGGUCCUGAAGGAAUAACUUUUUAGUAUUGUAAUAAAUUAUGAUGUGCAGCUGCCCAUUGGAGAAGGGGGGAAAAUGCUUCAUUUCAUCUGUCUGCUUGGGAUACAAACCCAGAUAUCCAAGUUAAGAGGAGCAGUGUUCCACAUCCCUACAAUGAAGAUCUGUCUGUUGCAGGACA